CUGUGAUCACGUGAUCACUAGCUGUAUGCUGUAACGCUAGUGCAGGAGGAAUGCACACGGGAUUUGUAGUGACUUACAGUCAAAGUGCAGAUUAGUUUCACAAUUAAAUUCAAACCAGAUAGUAAGAUUUUUUUUUAAAUUUAAUUAAAAUAUGUUGAAUGCGUUAGACAGCCUGGAGUGAGUGUUAGCUAAACUGCAGCUUUGAUAUGAAUGGCAUUUCUUCAUAAACACUGAGACUAAAACUAGUCUAAGUACUAAAGCUAGCUCACAAGGCUACCAGUACUAGUUUAAUAUUUGGUGGGUUUUAUUAUUAUUAUUAUCAUUAUUAUUAUUAUUAUUAUUAUUAUUAUUAGACGUUACUUCUUGUGCUAACACCGAGGUUAGACCAUAUUAGGAAAAAGUUCACUUCACGAGUUCACGCCUUUUUUUUUUUUUUUUUUUUUAAUUUAAUUUACAGCGCCCUCUUGUGGUCACUUUUCACAACAGCUGCCACUUUAUAAGCAAUGUUUGACCUAAAGCUGCCACAGUUAUUAUGGAAAGUAGGAUAAAGUCAGCUAGAAGUAUGUGAAAUAGUAGUAUGAGGAAUUUCCUAUGCUGUUUAAACUUCCUACAUAUAGUGUGUUUUGAUGCUGUUGAACUGGAAUUUGUUGUAGUACUAGAACAAAUGGCACUGGUACUGAUAAUAAAUUUUCACAUCAUGUUAAAGGGCAUACACUCAUGAUAUCCUUUCUUAAUAAUAAUAAUAAUAAUAAGGAGUGAUCACAACUUUGUACCACAUGGAAACUGGAUCCUAAUGCGUGGCCGUGACUGCCCCUGUGUUCAUACUUGCAAGCAAUAAAGCAGCAGACGUGCAUUCGUUUUCUGCACGUGUGCGCAACAUGGAGUCAUGAUUUAAGAAUUGAGACAAAUCCAAACAAUUGGCUCCAAUGGCUAUAUGGUUGCUUGUGGGUAUAUAGUGGCUUUCCAGUGGUGACUUAGUGGUUAGCAUGUUUGCCUCACACCUCCGGGGUUGGUGGUUUGAUUCUCACCUGUGUGUGUGUGGAGUUUGUAUGUUGUUCCUGUGUUUUAGGGGUUUCUGUGCGAUAGUGCCGUGCGACGGGUUGGCACCCCCCGUCCAGGGUGUCCCCCACUUUGUGCCCUGGGAUAGUCUCUCUUAUCCCUGUGUAGGAUACAGAAGAUGGAUGGAUGGUCUCUUGACAUGGUCUGACAUUUCUUCACUUCACCACACACAACUUUAGUUAGUUCCCAUUUACUGUUUGAUGCGCAAAAUUGGAAGAAAAACGUAUAACCGUGGUUCUUAUUCAUAUCCAACCUCAUUAAAUGUGUAUAGAGAUAUUACGAAUAAAAAAUAAAUCUUGGAAGGAAGUGUCAGAGAAGUAUUGGUGCCUCUGGUGAGUGUAAGUAGGUAGUAAAGUAAGCUUGCUUUGCUAAUCUGUCGACCGAGAAAGAAUGAAGCUAGCACGUAACAUGGAAAUUUAACUUAACUGUAUUUUAAACAAAAAUGAUGUGUAUAAAUUGUAUAGUGGGCUGUAGGUCAUGGAUUAUGCCGAUUCUACUGCUGCUUCUCAUUGUACAAAAAAACAAAAAAAAAAAACAGUGGGUAGUACUCACCCACAAGAGUCAAACUCCAAACAACUUGUUGCUUGCUAGUAUAAACAUAAGAUGACAGAGCUUGUUCCCAUGCAUUACGAAUUCGUACAUAUGCAUUAUUUUAUUAAGAAGAAAUGUCAUCAUCAGAGCUCUGUAUAAACUAUUCUUUUAUCACUGUCUCUAAAACUGUUACAUUAUAUUUUUAUAAAUAUGGCUAAGCUAGCCUGUCUUUAUUCUAUAAGUAAGAGCUGAUAUUUGUGGCAUUAGUAAUAGGUAUACAUUGAACAACAUUGUCUAUCAUGCAACCAUGAUAUUAGCACAUGCCUUGCAGAUGGAUACACUUUGUGCUUUUUUGCAGGUUGGUUCCACUUCAUUUUAAAGUGUUUUCUUUUUUCUAACACACUUGACUUCAAUUACAAGCCUUUCUGAAGUUAAAACUCUCAUUGGGACCAGGCCUGAGAAACACUGCUCCUAUAUAUCUGACCUGAACUCUUUAACAUGUUCUCAUUUUUAAACAUCCAUAUGCAUGUCAGCUUGUCUGAGUGGUAUCUUGUCACAAUGUCUGACUAGAGUUUUCUCUCAACCCUCUUUUUUUUUUCUCACCACUUGUCCACACUUCUGUUAACCACUUAACUUUUUUAAAAUGAAAAUAGCUUCAGUUGAACUGAUCUCAAAUCAGCAAACAGAGAUGCUAAACACUGUCAUGUACCUAAAGGCAGUCUAUUUCCUGAUUCUGACGCCUUCUUCUUGGUGUGAAAGAGUGUGUGUGGUUCAGUUUAGUCUUGCUGUUUUUAUACACACAUCACUGUAGGAGGAGCCAUCAUGUUUUGCGGGUCCUCUCUGCUGCUUUCCCUCCUCCUGCCCCUGACCUUCACCGUGUUUCCAGGUGACACUGUUUCAGACAGUGACUCUGUCAUCAGGAAACAUGGUUUCUCUGUGGUAUGGAACAUGCCCACUUCAAAAUGCGAGCGUGUGUUCGGGGUUUCACUGCCCCUGCAGGAGUAUGGCAUCAUACACAAUGCAGAACAGAGAUUCAGAGGUGAGAACAUAAGUCUGUUUUACGAACGCCGACUUGGUUUGUAUCCCUACAUCAAUCGCGAGGGCUUGAGUGUGAAUGGCGGGGUUCCUCAGAACGGCAAUCUUGACAGUCACCUUGCACUGUCAGAGGGACAGAUACUUGCACUUAUGCGGCGGAGUUUCAGCGGGUUGGCUGUGGUGGACUGGGAGAAGUGGCAACCUCUGUGGGUCCGCAACUACGGAACCCGACAGGCCUACAAUGAUCUGUCUAAGCAACUGGUAAGAGAGAAACAUCCAGACAUGUCUGAGGAGGAAGUAACAUCACUGGCAACGGCUGAGUUUGAGAAAGCAGCGAAAUCGUUUAUGGAAGAAACUCUGCGACUUGGAGUCAAGGCUCGUCCCAAGGGAUUGUGGGGGUUUUAUGGAUACCCUGGCUGCUAUAAUGACCGCGGGGCAAAAGAAAGUGGGUACACCGGGCAGUGCAAACCUGGAACAGAGGCACUAAAUGACAAACUGGCAUUUUUAUGGCGGCAGUCCACUGCACUCUACCCAAGUGUAUAUGUGCACCAUGAGCUAGCAGGACACCCAAACACACGGCUUAUGGUAAGACACCGUGUACUCGAGGCAUUCCGAGUGGCAUCGCAGCAUGGACGUGACGCUCCUCGACUUCCCAUUCUACCUUAUGCAAGAGUGGCCUUUACAAAAACUCUGCACUUUUUAAACCAGACUGAUCUGGAGAACACACUUGGUGAGAUUGCGUCUUUAGGUGCUGCAGGUGUGGUGUUGUGGGGUGAAAUGUGGUUUGCCAAGUCCAAGCACCAGUGUAUUCUUCUCCGGAACUACAUACGCACGGUCUUGGGUGUGUACGUGAACAUUCUGCGUCUGGGUGUGGCACAUUGCAGCAAGAGCGUGUGCCGUGCUAAUGGUCGCUGCGUGAGACGCAACCCUCAUUCGGGUCACAUGAUUGCCCAGUUCAACACUAGGAGUGAACAUGACCAUGACCUGAGGUCAAAAUUCAAAUGUGUGUGCUAUGAAGGAUGGAGUGGAGAGCAGUGUGAGGAGAACAUCAUGGAUGUGAAGUGAAGCUAGUGCUAACACCUCUUUCAUAUCCUGUUUUAAAUUUUGAAUUUUAAAUCAAAUUCUGAAAAGUGUACUAGUUUUUACCCCUAAUAAAUCAGUUCCAGCACAAAGCA